ACGGCCAUUUUCUCUCCGCUGAGUGCCGACCGAGUGCGGAAGUGGCUGAAAACUUAAGGGUUCCGCCUUUAGAUUGGCCGCUGACCACACUGUGCUGCUCUUCUGGAGGCAGAAAGCUUUAAUACCGGCUUCUAAAACAGCGCAGAGCGGAGAAAUGGCUGGGAGGCUGCCGGCGUGCGUUGUGGAUUGCGGCACAGGGUAUACUAAACUUGGAUAUGCAGGAAACACAGAGCCUCAGUUCAUCGUCCCCUCAUGCAUUGCCAUCAAAGAGUCAGCUAAGGUGGGUGAUCAAGCCCAGAGGAGAAUGAUGAAGGGAGUGGAUGACCUUGACUUCUUCAUCGGGGAUGAGGCCAUUGACAAACCCACUUAUGCCACCAAGUGGCCAAUUAGACACGGUAUUGUAGAGGACUGGGAUCUAAUGGAGAGGUUCAUGGAGCAGGUCAUCUUUAAGUAUCUGAGGGCGGAGCCUGAGGACCAUUACUUCCUACUGACCGAGCCACCUCUGAACACACCUGAGAACCGGGAAUACACUGCAGAGAUUAUGUUUGAGUCUUUCAAUGUACCAGGCUUGUACAUCGCUGUGCAGGCUGUCCUGGCUCUAGCAGCUUCCUGGACCUCUCGGCAGGUUGGAGAGAGGACUCUGACUGGUACAGUCAUCGACAGCGGAGACGGAGUCACCCACGUCAUCCCUGUGGCGGAAGGUUAUGUUAUUGGCAGCUGUAUAAAGCACAUCCCCAUUGCAGGGAGAGACAUUACCUACUUCACACAGCAGCUGUUGAGGGAGAGAGAGGUGGGCAUUCCACCUGAACAGUCUCUCGAGACCGCUAAAGCUGUCAAGGAGCGUUUUAGUUAUGUGUGUCCUGACCUGGUGAAGGAGUUUAAUAAGUACGAUACAGACGGCUCCAAAUGGAUAAAGCAGUACACCGGCAUCAAUGCCAUCAGCAAGAAAGAAUUCACCAUCGAUGUUGGAUACGAGCGCUUCCUCGGUCCAGAGAUUUUCUUCCACCCUGAGUUUGCCAAUCCGGACUUCACUCAGCCAAUCUCAGAAGUGGUGGAUGAGGUUAUUCAGAACUGUCCCAUUGAUGUGCGUCGUCCUCUCUAUAAGAACAUCGUUCUUUCAGGAGGGUCCACCAUGUUCCGUGAUUUUGGCCGGCGUCUGCAGAGGGAUCUGAAGAGAACCGUUGAUGCUCGUCUGAAACUCAGCGAGGAGCUCAGUGGAGGAAAAUUAAAGCCCAAGCCCAUUGAUGUGCAGGUCAUUACUCACCACAUGCAGCGCUAUGCUGUGUGGUUCGGAGGAUCCAUGCUGGCCUCAACACCUGAGUUCUACCAGGUGUGUCACACCAAGAAGGACUAUGAAGAGAUCGGCCCCAGCAUCUGUCGUCACAACCCUGUCUUUGGCGUCAUGUCCUAAGAGUUGACUGACCUUAGGAAAGUCCACAUUAUCUCUCACACAUGCAUACAUUAACACAGGAGUUGGGGGGCGGGGUGGGCUUGGGGCAGGGCUGGGGAAAUGGAGCGGGCAACUGGAGAGAAAGAGAGAGAGCUCAUUUCGGUUAACACCAAACCUGUCUGCUGGAUCCAGAUGAUGAAUGGUUUGUUUAUUUGUAUUUCUUUUUCUUUUUUCUUUUUUUUUUUGUUAUUCCCGGUACAAGGGGAAAAAUGCGGUUAAUAGACCAAAAUGACUCCAGCUCUUCUCUGCAUCUCUGCUCAGUAAUAUGCGGUAGUUUAAAAAAAGGCGAGCGAGUUUGGAAACAUUAAUAUUGACAUUCAUGUUGGUGAUCAUGCGGAAGACAUCGCUGGCAUUACUCACGUUAAAAGCAUGUGGGAGGGGUGGAGGGGUGAUGGUUUAUGAGAGAAAGAGAGUGAAAGUGAGAGAAAGAGAGAGAGAGAUGACUGAUGACAGGACAUAUAAUCUAAAAAGAAGAAGUUAACCUUGCCAGUCUUCUCCCCCUGAUGUUCCUAUUUGAUGCCACAUGCCCAUUAUUGGGCCAAACAGGGGGGGAAUUCAAACCAGAUAAAAAACAUAAUGACUUUAUUUCACAUCAUCGAUUAUUUUUGUGCUCUCAAGUUAAAAAAAAAAAAGAGAAUCUCUAUUACCUUUAUGUAUUUUCAUUUUUUUUGCCUUCUCAUCAAAAUUAGUUUUAAAUAAGUGACUGCUUUUACCUCCAAUCGAAUCAUAUCUCCAUGUUCCUCAAUAUUAAAAAGGAAAAAGCAUCUAUCAGUGAUAGGACUAUGAUAAGCUUGAACGGGAAAGACUAUCAGACCAGUAUUGCUAACUUGGUGGAUUUUCUUUUUUAUUAUUAUUAUCGAACAUCGAAUUACAGCAGGUUUGGAUUUGUAAAUGAAAUGCCUAAAACAUUCCAAUAAAGGCUUAAAAUGGUUUCUACAAAA